AUGGCGCGUGUUCUCCUUUUUUCCGCUCUGCUAGUCGUCUCGGUGGCUCUCGUUUAUGGGCAGUUUGAAGCUAGUGAGAGUCAGGGUCAGAACUGUGGCCACUACGUUGCGUUCACACAACUUGAGCCUGGCAAUGUCGGUGGCCUCCAUCUCCGCGGAAAUAUCAUGUUCGUCGUCGCCAACCGACUUCCGUCCGUCACUCGCAUGAUCGUCCACCGCUUCCCGUCGUCUAUCUCUGACAUUCUCAGCGACCUCCACACCAAGCCCCAAGACACGGAGGAGACUUCCGAGUCUACCGAGCCUACUGACUCUUCGGAGUCUUCCGAAUCCUCAGACGAGGAGAUUUCCCCUCCCGUCCCUAUUGAAAACGAGGAGGAUGCGUCUGCUACGGGCGGUGAAUCCAGCAUCGUUACCAACGUGAAUCCCGAAUCCUUGGAUGAGGAGAUUCCCUCUCCUGUCCCUAUCGAAACCGACGAGGAGGAUGCGUCUGCCACAGGCGGUGACUCCAGCCCCGUUACCAGCGUUUCUUCGGAAACGACUCGUGACGAAGCCACCGAGGAUACCGAAACGGAAAACGUCCGGAUGUUGACGGCGGAGGAUGACAGCGACGCUGCCGUCACUGCCGAUCCCGACUCUGACAAGGUUUCCGAGGAUACCGAAACGGAAAACGUCAGAAUGUUGACGGCUGAAGAUGACAGCGACGCUGCCGUCACUGCCGACCCCGCCUCCGACGAGCGUCUUCCGACGGAAACAGAUGAUGCCGCUGCUACGAAACGCUCGGAUCCUCUGGCGUCCGCGUUUGACGCGUUUGUACUCUCUCGCGAUUGGACGAAGAAGCUCGACCUUGACGACCUGUUCUCCAUGAUUCCACCGCAGGCUCAAUCCUCAAAGCAUCUGCAGUUGUUCCAGGAGUUUGUAAAGGCCGCGAAGGAGUUCCAGAGCAACGCACAGACUCCUCAGGAGCAGGAUGAAAGCGCGGAAAGUGGGGACUCCGAGAAUGAGAGCUCGGAGAAUGAGAGCUCGGAGAAUGAGAGCUCGGAGGAUGAGAGCUCGGAGAAUGGGAUCCCGGACUCUGUUGACCAGGUGGACGAUGAUUUAACGGAAUAUCUCAGCAAACUCGACAGCACGACGGCUGUUCCCGUGGACGAUGAGGACUCCGCAGUCUCAGGCGACGAUGCUGAGGUGACAGUUGUGGACGACUACUUCCCCUUCCCCAACAUUCUCCCCGGGUGGACCGUUGCCAACAUUGUUGGCCUGGUCAUUCUCGGGCUCGCCUUUGUCUUCCUGGUCACCAUGAUGAUUCUCAGCCUCGCCUCCAUUAUCUACGGCUGUGCUGAUCCUGAGGAUGACGACUCGACCGUUCUGCUUUACGAGGACAACACCAAGACCCCCCUUCUGAAGUCAUACGUUGUGGAGUACUCCUCACCCAGGGGACAGCAUGUGAACCCAGUGGCAGUGUAUGUGCCCCCCGCGGCCAAUGCGGUGCAGAGUGCAUACUUCCAGAUUGCUGAAGACCAGAGGGCCUUGGAUGCUGGCACUGCUGGAUCCUACGUAGGCCAGUCUCUGGAAAGGGAACUGCAAACACACAACGUGACACUCUGCUGCAGGAAUCACAUUGAAACAACGACACAAAUUACCUCUCCUCCACUCGUUCCACUUUCCAGCACUCCCUCCCCAGUGUCAGCUUCUAGCGGCUAUGCUCUCUCUCCUCCCCUCCUCUCUCCUUCUCUCCGCUCAUCUCCUCCCUCCGCCUCCUCUCUCUGCUUCCACAACAUCUCCUACUCAGUCCCCAUCCGGCGCCAUCCUCUAGCCUUCCUCCCUGCCAUCCCCUCCCUCCGCUCCUCCACUACUCGCAGCAGCACAGCUGGAAAUGCUCCCACUGAUGCGCCUGCGUACACCCCUCGACGCAGUCACACUGCACACAAUCACAAUCAGCAGUCUGGCAAGCAGCAGCAGCUGCCGCAGCACCAUCACCACCAGCAGCGGCGCAGCAUUCUGCAGGGGAUAUCGGGGAGCGCCAAGGCAGGGCAGGUGACAGCAAUCAUGGGAGCCAGUGGGUCCGGCAAAACCACUCUUCUAGACAUCCUCUCCCACCGCAUCUCCCUCCCUUCCACACCACAUCAAACGCCAUCUGCACCAGAACCCCUUCCUUCACCCUCCGCCUCUCCACCUCCAGACAUCCCACCCUCAAUCACUGCCCUCCCAACUCUCACCACCGCCCUCUCUUCUUCAAUAACUUUAACCGGAGCCCCUGUGACUCCCCUCUCCUCUUCCACCCCCGCGCUCUCCCCUUCAAUAACUCUAAACGGAGAUCCUGUGACUGCCAGCACCAUGAGGCGGGUGUCAGCCUAUGUGAUGCAGGACGAUCUGCUGUUCCCCGCGCUCACAGUGCGCGAGACGCUGCUGUUUGCCGCCGAGCUGAGGCUGGGGAAUGACACGGUGGGGCGGAGGGAUAAGGAGGAGAAGGUGGAGGGGCUGAUGCGCCUGCUGGGGCUCACUCGAGUGGCGGACUCCCGAAUUGGAGAUGAGAACAGAAGAGGUGUGUCAGGCGGAGAGCGCAAGAGGGUGGCGAUAGGGGUUGAGAUGGUGGGAGACCCCUCGCUGCUCUUCCUGGACGAGCCCACCUCUGGCCUCGACUCCACCUGUGCCUUUCACGUCGUCAAGGCUGUGAGAGACGUGGCGAGACUACGUCAAAGCAUUGUACUCAUGGUGCUGCAUCAGCCCAGUUUCAGGGUUCUCAAUCUCCUUGACAACCUCCUGCUCCUUGGAUCCGGGCACACGGUUUUUUCGGGCUGCCCGUCCGAGCUGCCAGGCUACCUUACGGAUUUUGGCUGCCCGGUGCCACCCUUUUCCAACCCUGUGGAAUUCACGCUUGAUUUGAUCCAGUCGCUGCAGAUUGUCGGGCAGCAGGAAGGGCAGGGAGGGCUGGGAGGGGAGAGUGGUCAGGCAGGGCAGGGAGGGCUGGGAGGAUUGGGAGGUCAGGAAAGGGAUAAAGUGGAGAAGGAGGAGCAUGAGGGACAGGAGAGAUUGAAGGGAGAACAGGAGCAGGAUGUAGAGUCACAGCGUGGGGUGAAAGAGAGUGGUGAGACACAGGCCAACGGUGGUGCUGGUACACCUGGCAUCCAGCGAUUGGCUGAGUUCCACCAGGAAUGGCUGUGGGUGCUGACAGCGCGGUCGGCUAUCGUGAUCCGCCGCACGCCAGCACUGUACUUGCUGCGCCUGCUGCUUAUCAUGAUAACGGGGCUGCUUAUAGCAUCACUCUUCUGGCAACCAGAGUUCAACACACGUGGAGUGCACGAGCGGCUGGCCUUUAUUGCCUUCCUCAUGUGCACGCUCUUCUUCUCCUCUGGGGAUGCCACUCCGCUCUUCAUACAGGAGCGCAACAUAUUUGUGAGGGAGACGACGCACAACGCCUACCGCCCGUCCACCUACCUGCUGGCCUCCACGCUCGUCUACCUGCCGCUGCACCUCCUCAUGUCCCUCGCCAUCACCCUCGAAGCCUGGUGGUGUCUCAGUCUCACAGGAGGGGCGGCAGGGCUGGCCUUUAUGGUGCUCGUGUGCUUCUGCUGCCUCUUCACUGGGAAUGCCAUUGCCACCUUCGUUAGUGCCACAGUCAACAAUGUCAUUCUCGCCUAUGCUGUCGUCAUCACUGUUCUGGCCAACUUUGCCCUCGUCUGCGGCUUCUAUAUUGAGCGAGCCAGCAUACCCUCUUACUGGCUCUGGCUACACUACAUAUCUCCCCUGAAGUACGCUUAUGAGGCGCUUGCUCUCAACGAGUUUGACCGGGUGACCUCGCUUUGUUACCUUUCUGCACGUGAUAUCUACUCCUCUACACCGCUCUCAGUUCUGCUCGAUGAGGUGGAUGUUCAAAGGUCCUGA